UGUAACCGUCGCUUCAGCUGCUGCUGUUCAGCUGCUGCUGUUUUCCUGUUGCCCAUUUGCUGUGUCUUGCUCUCUCUCUCUCAAUUUAGGACCGGAUAGCAAGGUCACCACUAAAAAGAUUUAAGAUACCGCAACCCGCAUCAAGGAAUUCACAAGACAAAAGAGAGAGACUACAGCAACAAUUACCCUCAAAUCUUUUGACCUAACGUCACCUGAAUUUGUCAAAAUAACUGCUUGAAGAUUGGCCGCAGGACAUGGAUUUCCGAUUAUUUGCACUCCUCUUCCUCUGUUACUGCAAACAAGGCUGGAUGCAGGAAGAUACAGCACCUGCAGAGAAUGGAAAGAUCCCUGAGAUUCCUCUCACACCCUUGAUACCCAGCAAACCCAGAUCAGAUGUUUCUCACACAGCAGAAUCAAUAACCUCUACCCAAACCCCUGAGAAUGGCGAGAACUCCUCAGAGGAAGACCUGGAUGGCCUCUGUGGAAAGCAUCGGAGCACCCCAGAGAUCAGGCAGGCCAUAGGCAGUGGGGUAAUGAAGUUUGGACUGCAGCUGUUGGAGAACCUGAAGGCAAACUCAGAACAACCGAAUGUCAUUAUCUCACCCUUCAGCGUGUCUUUAGCUCUCUCUCAGCUUGCUCUGGGGGCAAAGAAUGAGACAGAGGAGCUCCUCUUUCAGCGGCUGAAUGCUGAUACAGUGCCGUGCUACCACAAAGCACUGAAAAGCCUCCUCCACCACGUCCGCGAAAAUGCUCUGCGGUUUGCCAGCCGCAUCUAUCUUGGUUCUGGAUUUCAGCCGAAACAGGAAUUCAUGCAAGAGUCUCUGAAAAUAUAUAAUUCAGAGCCGGCAGCCUUGACAGAGCUGGAGGAGAUCAAUGAGUGGGUAGAGAAGUCAACAAAUGGCCAAGUCACAGACUUCCUCUCCAGUCUUCCCUCUAACCUUGUCAUGAUGCUUAUCAACGCUGUGCACUAUAAAGGCGAGUGGGAGAAGCGCUUUGACCCUCGAUUUACCACAAGUGAACCGUUCUACAUUGAUGAAAACCUGGCAGUCAAUGUGGACAUGAUGCUUGGGCCAAAAUACCCCCUCAGUAUUUUUAAUCAUAAUGAACUUGAUGCCCAGGUCGCUCGUUUUCCAUUCAAAGGGAAUAUGAGCCUGAUAAUUGUAAUGCCUGUGAGUGGAAAUGUCAAUGUGACGACCAUUGCGGCCAAACUCAACAUCUCAGACCUAUAUAGCCGCUUUCCCCGAGAGAGAAACAUGCAAGUCAAACUCCCCAAAUUCAAACUAGAUUUCACUCAGGAACUUGAUGAGGCACUUACAAGCAUGGGUCUAGGGGAACUGUUCACAAGUCCCAACCUGGCUGGUAUAGCAGAUGGCCCCCUUGUGGUAUCCAGCGUGCAGCACAAGUCCAGCAUGGAGAUAAAUGAAGAGGGUGCAGAAGCUGCUGCUGCGACCAGUGUAGUCAUCUCCCGCUCCAACCCCUCCUUUACAGUUAACCAGCCGUUUUUCUUCGCCCUCAUGGAUGAUUCUUCUCAAACGCCACUUUUUCUGGGGGUGAUUUCCAACCCAAACCCCAGCGAAGCUGCUGUGAUAUCAAACCCAAGUGAUGUAGAAAAGGCCGGCUUGCUUGACAAGGAUGCUGCACCAUCUUCUGUCCAUCCACCCAAGUGAAGGUCCUUCAGCAGAGUGAGGCUACAACUAAUUUUGAGCUGCAUGGGGCCGCAACAAAAAGGCAAAUCAAGACUUUCAACAAUGGGAAUUAUAUGCUAUAAAGCAUGUUCAAUGGACAGGAGUCAAAUAUGCAGAAACAUAUUGGAAAUUUUGGAAUGAUACUUCUCACCAUCAAGGCAAAUUACCUUUCAUCUUAUGAUAAAGCUCAUAUCACCAGCAGUCAACUGCAUUGUUUUAAAAGCCUAAUGUUUCAUGAUUAAAGAAAAGGGUUUUAAAGAA